CUCUAUUAUGAUGACUACCGAUUUUAAGCCAGGAGUGACCACGGCGGCCCAAGAGUCUUUAGUUCAAGAUGAAGAAAAGAGGUCGCCAAUGCUUGGUAAUAACUCCAGUAUAACAAGCACUAUACGAGCAUUAGUGUUCUGAUUUUCAUGAUAUCCGUCAUGUCAACAGCUACUGGCUUUUUCAAAGACCCGACGCCAUCAAAGUGUUAUCAUCUUUUCACCUCUGAGGAGAAUUGUGCCUAGAACGCGGAUAGUUCCACCACAUAAUGUCGUUCUAUGUCGUCGUCGGUGCUGGCGUCGUAGGGCUUACUACUGCGCUGGAACUGAAAGACCGCUACCCGACUGCAAAUGUUGCCAUCGCAGCUAAGUAUUUACCGGGCGAUUCAUUUGCAGACUACGCGUCUAACUGGGGAGGUGCAAAUUGGUUUCCGGCCUCGGCAGACAAUGGCCGACAAGAGAAAUGGGACUCUAUCACCUAUAAGAAGUUUAAACAGCUUUCUAGGGUGAGACCAGACUCAGGUGUCAAGGCCAUGAAUAUUCGAUUCCAUUAUGACCGACCGAUCGAAGAGGUUGGGAUCAUCACGCCUUCCACGGGGAAACUCUGGUUUGAGGAUCUUGUUGGGGGGUUAAAGCCAAUUGAGAAGGUUGAACUUCCCGAUGGCGCAGCUUUUGGGUUUGAGAUGGCUUCAUUUGUUCUUGAUGUUCAGCGAUAUCUUCCCUGGUUACAGAUGGAAGCUUACUCUCGUGGAAUUGAAAUCCGUCGAAAGAUAUUCACCGACAUUCGUGAGGUCUUCAAUCUGUACCCAGAGGCAUCCGCGGUGUUCAAUUGCACUGGAUUAGGGUCCCUUACACUUGGUGGCGUCGAGGACAAAAUGCUAUAUCCUGCAAGAGGUCAAAUUAUGCUCGCUGAAGGUCCAAAAGAACCAAUUCCCACGAUGUACUUCCAAGCUCCACAUCGGGAUGCAGAUGCAACCCAUAUCUUUCCACGGGGCAAAGAUGGAAUGGGCGGCGUGAUCUUGGGCGGAUGUCGGGAAAAGGACAAAUGGAAUGGAGAAGUCGAUUUGGAAUUUGCAGAGGUCAUUAAGCGAAAAUGCUGCGCCCUAGUUCCCCAGCUUGGAAAGCCCGAAAAUCUCAAGAUCAUCAAGCACGGCGUCGGGCUUCGUCCCAGCCGAAAAGGUGGUGCGAGGGUCGAACGUGAGUACAUUGAUGGCAAGCUUGUCAUCCAUAAUUACGGAGCCGGUGGUACUGGAUUUCAAGCAUCUUGGGGUCUGGCCCUGGAAGCCGUCGACUUGAUUCCCGAACGAGCUCGGCUAUAAAUCUUUUCACGGUUCACUUUGUAGCCUCCGGUUUCCUGGGUUAUGCAAUCAAAAGCUGC